AUGUCGACCACAGCACAGCCAGACGCCGACGCCUACAACUCAAAGCUGCGCGCCAUGGCCACAUCGAUGUUCCCGGGCCGCUCGCUGUCGCCCGAGGAGAUUGACUAUAUUGUCCGACGAGAAAAGUUCAACGACAAGCACAAGGGCCACGAGGGCAUGCACCUGAUCAUGUUUCUGAUUCUGGUUGUCGCCAUGGCCUCGCUACCGCAGACCGUAGCAUUCUGGCGGAGACGGCACCCGCGGUCGUACCGGCUCGUCAGCAUCGCCUCGAUCUGCCUGAUUCCGCCCUACUUUGCGCUGGGGUCCGGCUACUACCGGUUCAUUGCCUAUGCGACGCGUGAGCCAUUGCAUCCGAGCACCCCGCGCAACGUGUACCAGUGGUUUGCCUUCAUCAACAAGGCAUCGUAUGCGGUGUCGUUUCUGGGCGGGAUCUUCGACUUUUUCAUCCAAAUGAGCAUGACCACCGUGUUCUACGGGCUGUAUUUCGGCUUGAUGAGUCGCGAUCUGGUCACGCUGUGCACAGACAAGAUGGCUGCGACUCUGGGAUACUCGAGCAUGGCAAGUCUUCCAACAAAGACUCUGCCGAAGCACAGCGACCAUGGCAUGCUGUUUAGUGAUUCGGAUCUGUCGUCUGGCUCGAAUGCUGGACCAGGUGUCAAUGUCAUUGCGGAGCCGACACAUAGACUGGAGUGCGGACACGAGUUCCACGCCAGCUGCAUCCGCGGGUGGUGUGUGGUUGGCAAGCGCGACAUCUGCCCGUUCUGCCGUGAAAAGGUCGAUCUUGAGACAUUCAAGCAGAACCCGUGGGACAAGCAGGAGAUCGUCUAUGUCACAGCGCUCGAGUACAUGCGCUACUUUAUCAGCUGGCAGCCACUCACUAUUCUGGUCCUGGCAACGAUAUACUGGAUCCUUGGGCUGGAGUAG